GUUGAUCUAACGCCACCAGGAGGGUCAAGAUGGCUUCGGACGCAGCGGAGAAACAGAUGCGGGUACUGCCCUUGUUUGAGUACUGCACUCUUCCCACCAAGACAAAAUUUGGUCUGAGUGUGCAAAGAAAUCCCAAACUAGCCGGUCUGGGUAUCUUAGGAAGAGGAAAAAUCUUCUCUACUUUCAGACCAAGCCAUCUGGAAGAAGCCAAUACGCUUCUCGAAGUUCUCCUGGGUGCUGAAACCUUCGAUGAGUUUGUUGAUUUGUGCCAUCAAGUACGUGAUUUCGUCAAUGAAGGUCUCUAUGUGUACGCAGUGUCCGUGGCUAUCUUGCAUCGCAGUGAUUGCAAAGGAGUUUCCUUGCCACCGGUGCAAGAAAUCUUCCCCGACAAGUUCAUUCCCGUUGAAACUAUCUACAAAGCUAGAAAAGUAGCCUAUAGCCACCCUGACAAAGAUGACGAAAUCAUUAUCGACGUAGAAACAACAGGAAACAUCUUAGAUCCUGAAUAUAACUUGGCAUACUACAGGGAAGACAUUGGAAUAAAUGCCCAUCAUUGGCACUGGCAUUUAGUUUACCCUAGUACAUGGAAUGCAGCAGUAACUGGAAAAACAAAAGAUCGUAAGGGAGAAAUUUUCUUCUACAUGCACCAGCAAAUGUGUGCUCGAUAUGAUUGUGAAAGACUUUCCAAUGGACUGCCCCGCAUGAUUCCUUUCCACAACUUCCAUGAACCACUAGAAGGUUACUCUGCUCACUUGAGUUCCAUUGUUAACGGACUGACAUAUGCAUCUCGUCCAGAAGGCAUGAGAUUGCAUGAUAUUGAUGGUAUUGGUGUUCAAGAUCUGGAACGAAUGAGGGAAAGAAUCUUGGACGCUAUCAAUUUGGGUUAUGUAACAGAUGCAGAUGGUAGAGAAACUAUUCUGGAUGAGACACAUGGCAUUGACAUUUUAGGAGACAUCAUCGAGUCCAGUCAUGAAUCUAAAAAUCCUGAAUUCUAUGGAAGUCUACACAACUGGGGACAUGUGUUGAUGGCUAAUGUGCUGGAUCCUGACGGCAGGUAUCAGAACAACCCAGGAGUUAUGGACGACGCAACAACUUCCCUUCGGGAUCCUAUUUUUUACAGAUGGCACAGAUUCAUUGAUGACAUGUUCAAUGAAUACAAAAAGAAACUUGAACCUUAUUCUAAGGACGAGCUUGGAUUCAAUGGUGUCGAGAUCGAAUCUGUUACAGUGGUUGCUCAUCAAAACAAUGUCUUAACAACAACUUUUGAAGAGGACACUUUGGACUUAUCGAAUGCUUUCACCUUUGGAAGAAAAGGAGCUGUAAAGGUACGUUACCAACAUCUGGACCACGAGCCCUUCAGCUACGAUAUCAAAAUUCAAAAUAAUACCAGUAAAACUAAACAUGGUACCUGUCGAAUCUUCCUUGCUCCGGUCCAUGAUGAAUUGGGAAAUGUCAUUAGAAUCGACGAACUGCGUCGCCUAAUGAUCGAGCUGGACAGAUUCCAUCUUGUUUUGCAACCUGGAGUUAAUAAUAUAACUCGUGCAUCAAAGAGUUCAAGUGUUACCGUUUCAUCGGAGCGCAAAUUCAGCCAACUGUUGUCUGGUGAAGGAGCAAAUGAGCAUACUUCUGAAUAUUGCAGUUGUGGGUGGCCAGACCACCUCCUUAUUCCAAAAGGAAAUGAUAAAGGAAUGAAGUUCCAUCUCUUUGUGAUGGUUACAGAUCACUUGAAAGAUUUGGUUGGCCAACUUACCGAUAAACUCAUCUGCACAGAUGCUGUGAGCUAUUGUGGUGUAAAAGACGAUUUGUACCCAGACAGAAAAGCAAUGGGUUUCCCAUUUGAUAGAACCAUCAAAGGCGACUUCAUCAGUGACUGGUUAUUGUCCAAUAUGUCAAAUACUGAAGUAGUAAUCCACCAUGCUUCCACCUAAAUUGUAUAACUAAAGAAAAAUCGAAACACAAUAACUAUACGAUUUUCAAUUUAUCACCAAAACCAAUCCAGAACAUGAAAAACAGGCACAAUAAAUAAAGAACUUUUGAUCAGCAUUUCGUGAGCAGUUUCUGUAAACACCUUGCAUUUUCACGAAAUCAUUGCAGUUUUGUAAAUAUCUCUUGCGUUUUCAUUAAAUCAUGCAAUCUCCAACGUCAUGCAGUGAAAACUAUUGUGUAUUUUAUAGUUUAAUUAAAGCUAAUUUUUAUUCUUCAA